UCCACUAGAACAAUGGAAACAAAGGGUAUAUCAAUAUCAGAAUAUACUCUUCCAAAAGAGAUAUCCAUUAAUCUCUUCUCAAAACCUUUCUCAUUUUGUUGAGAUUUUAUUCAAAGAUGCCGGUUUCGUCAUCAGAUUCCGGCAACCAUGAUCUUACAACAUCACUGCUUGUUCCAGGAAAAGCCCAAGCAAAAAAAGAUGAUAAUAAUAAGAUGGGUAUUGAUGAAAUGUUGCAGAGAUAUUGUGGAGAAUUUGGAUCAUGGCAAUUAAAACAUUUUAUCUUAACUAGUUUAGCUUGGGCAUUAGAAGCUUUUCAUACAAUGGUUAUGAUCUUUGCUGAUCGUGAACCUGAAUGGAAGUGUACCAGUAAUAAUUGUUCUUCAAUGGCUAAAUCAGUUUGUGGGUUUGAAUCCGGUUCAUGGGAAUGGAUAGGUGGAUCAAGUGUUUCUACCAUUUCAGAAUGGGGUCUUAUUUGUGGUGAUAAGUAUAAAGUUGGUUUAGUUCAAUCCGCUUUCUUCGCCGGUUGCAUGGUCGGUGCGGGUGUAUUUGGCCAUUUAUCAGACUCCUUCCUAGGAAGAAAAGGAUCUUUAACAGUGGUUUGCGUAAUAAACGCCAUUUUCGGUUGCCUCACGGCCUUAUCCCCAAACUACUGGAUCUACACUUUACUACGUUUCCUUACCGGCUUCAGCACCGGUGGCGUUGGCCUAUGUGCAUUUGUUCUUUCCACCGAACCCAUAGGCCCAAAUUGGCGUGGUUAUGUUGGAAUGUCAACUUUCUACUUCUUUUCAGGUGGAAUUGCAAUUUUAUCUGGCAUCGCCUACAUUUUCCAGUCAUGGAGAGCACUCUACAUUGCCUCAUCCGUUCCGUCGAUUCUUUACCUUCUUUUUGUGAUUCCGUUUGUGUCUGAAUCCCCUAGAUGGUACUUAGUUCGCGGGAAAAUCGAUUCUGCAAUGAAAAUCAUGAAAGACAUUGCAAAGGGGAAUGGAAAACACCUUCCAGAUGAUGCCUCCCUCCAACUUGAUGAUGAUAACAGUGAAAACUCGUCAUCGAGUGAGGUAGAGAGUUGCAACGGAGAAUCCAAUGCAGUAUCGGGUUCGCUCGUCGACGUUGUCAAGUUGCCUAUAACACGAGUACGGUUAAUACUAACUGUAGCUAUCAAUUUCAUGUGUUCAGUCGUAUACUAUGGACUAAGCUUGAACGUGGUAAAUCUCGACACCAAUCUUUAUGUCAACGUGCUACUCAACGCGGUAGCUGAGAUGCCAGCAUUUACACUAACAGCAAUCCUUUUGGAUAAAUAUGGAAGGAAACCCUUAGCUAUGGGGACAAUGUGGUUCAGUGGAGCAUUUUGUUUAGCAGGAAGCUUAAUGCGAAGCCAUGGACAUUGGAAAGUAGUUAGAAUGGUGUGUGGAAUAUUAGGAAUAUUCGGCAUGGCUGGUACUUACAAUUUGUUGUUUAUAUAUACGGCGGAACUUUUCCCCACGGUUGUUAGGAAUGCAGCAUUAGGAUGUGCAACACAAGCAUCACAGAUGGGGGCGAUUUUGGCACCGUUAGUGGUGGUUAUGGGUGGUGGAUUACCAUUUGCUGUGUUUGGAGUUUGCGGGAUAUUUGGUGGGUUGCUUGUAUUCUACUUGCCAGAGACUCUAAACCAGCCACUGUAUGAUACAAUUGGUGGGAUGCAAGAUGGAGAGAAGGCAAGACUUGUUGUCUAAAGCACGUAUUAGUUCAAAUAUUUUUAGUUUUGGUUGUUUUGAUUUUCUCUGUAGCUUUCACUGCAAAUGAUAAAUUUCGCCGCAAAAUUGGGUUCUUCUCAUUAGUCGCACUUUUAUAUUUGAAAAGAGCCUGUCAUCAGUGAAACCUUGUGGCUUUCGGAGUGUGAGCUGCUUAGCUCUAUCACCCCAUCACAUACUACUAGGAGCAAGCCCACCAGCCCAAUUGCCACUCUAAAGUGUCAAAGUUGGGUGCCUUGUAACUAAUCUUUUUUUCUUUUAAAAGUGAGAGGGUGUAAUUGUCGCAAGUGAUGGAAUUACAAGGAAGAAACAAACAGAGUAAUCUCAAUUUUGUGAUC